UUUUGGAUUGGUUUGCGAUCCCUAACUUUCACAACACAGUAAAAAAAUAAUCAUAAUAUUUUCUCAGUGGCAGGUCGCAACAGAAACACUUGAAAAUGAGUUUCUAUAAUUAUAUAUUCGGACCAAAGUUGUACAUGGAGUACAAAGGUGUACCCGAACCGCAGCGAAAAAUUUACGAACCCGGCGCAGUUGAAAAGUUCGGAGAGCAAAUAUUGUCCACGCUGUCGGUAGUUUGGUCGCUCAGCUAUUACACGUCACCGCUGAUCUUCACAUUCCUGUAUAGACGCGGUUAUUUUGUGUCCGACUCGAUACCAACGCUGGCGAAAUUCACAACGAGCGUGGGCCUAAUCGUUGUCCUCUCACUGUUGAUGCGCGGCGUUGGACGCCGCCAGUCCAAGGCAUAUACGAACAUGGUGAAUGCCCUUGCACAGGCAAAGGGAAACAAAUCGUCGGAGCCACUGCGUCGCUUUGACAUCGACUUUUCAGCCUGGCCAAUUGAUUUCGAUGUUAAAGCCUUGGCCGGCGACCUCAAGAAGCCCACAAAUACUGUGAGUCGACGUGAGGAGAAAUUAAGUAUUGCAACAUUGCCCUGUGAGUUGAUUGCUUAUUUGGCCAUCAAUACCUUUGGUCUCUCCAUGAUUUAUCCGGGUUCCGUCAAACUGUUGCAGAAAUUCAUGCGACCAAUGUUGAUCGCAGGACGAGCCAAGCUCAUUGAGGACGACAAUGGUAUUCGCUACAAAGUGAAAACGAUUGAUUCAAACGAAAUCGAUACACUGUUCAUCGAUAAUCGUAACGAUAACGUGGGCAAUGGCAAAACACUCGUCAUUUGUUCCGAGGGCAAUGCUGGAUUCUAUGAGGUGGGCAUCAUGAGCACACCCAUUGCCCUGAAAUACUCGGUGCUGGGCUGGAAUCAUCCCGGCUUUGCUGGCAGCACGGGCAGCCCGCAUCCCGAGCAGGAUAAGAACGCUAUCGAUGCUGUUGUCCGAUUUGCCAUCAAUCAGUUGGGCUUUGCCGUUGAGGACAUCAUCUUGUAUGGUUGGAGUAUUGGCGGAUUCAGUACUUUGUGGGCGGCAUCCAUCUAUCCAGAGGUCAAGGGCGUGAUUCUUGAUGCCACAUUCGAUGAUGUGCUCUAUUUGGCGCAGCCUCGUAUGCCGGCUAGUCUUGGUGGCAUUGUUCGCGUUGCCAUACGCAAGCAUUGCAAUCUGAAUAAUGCAGAAUUGGCAAUGAAUUACAAUGGACCCUUGCUGUUGAUACGUCGCACCGAAGAUGAGAUAAUUGCCGAGGAUAAUCGCAUUGAUACAAAUCGUGGCAAUUAUCUGACCAUGUCGGUGCUCAAGUAUCGCUAUCCCAACUUGUUUACUGCUGCACAAUUGUCGACGACCAAGGGAUUGCUAUCGAAGCCAUUGGAAUCUUUUAAUUACACCGUCGCCGAGGAGAAACUCUGCAUGUCGCGCCUUAUUACUUAUGCCUCCGAUGAGGGUAAAUCAUUCCCCAUGUUGAUUGGUGCCGAUUACAGCGAAGAAAUGCGCAAUCAAAUGGCAUUGUUUUUGUUGCGCAAGCAUUUACGUGAUUACAACUCGACACAUUGCACACAAUUGCCCGGGGAGUUCUUCAACAUUCCAUGGGACAUACCCAUCGAGCAUGGAUUUGUAUUCACUUAAGUUGACAUCCCCGCAUUUAUUGUUGGCAGUCACAAAAACAAUUGAUAGUAGUAUUCUUAAUCGGAGUGUGGAUGGAGGGGGGCUUUUAUAUAUAUAAGAUUUUUAGUGAAUUUCAAUGAUGUGUAAGUCCUUUUUGCAUUUUGAGAACUGCUUAUUUAAAUUAUAACCUUGGGCAAUACGACAAAAUAACACAAAAAAAAAUUAACGAAAUGGUGUAAAUUGUCUUAUAUACAAACACACAUUAUACAUUUAACAUAUACAAUGAUGAUGAU